GCGGGUAACGUAGGGCACCAUGGCAGCACAGCACCAUCUCUAUGAUGCCGUUGUGAUCGGGGCUGGCAUCCAGGGCUGCUUCACUGCAUACCACCUGGCCAAACACAAGAAGAAGGUCCUCUUGCUGGAGCAGUUUUUCCUACCGCACUCCCGAGGCAGCUCUCACGGGCAGAGCCGGAUCAUCCGCAGGGCGUACCCUGAAGACUUUUACACCAACAUGAUGGACGAGUGCUACAAGAUGUGGGCCCAGCUGGAGCACGAGACUGGGACCCAGCUACACAGGCAGACGGGAUUCCUGCUGCUGGGAAUGAAGGAGAAUCCAGAGUUGAAGACCAUCAAGGCUACUCUGGCUAGGCACGGGGUGGAGCACCAGUGGCUCCAACCUGAAGAGCUGAAGCAGCGUUUUCCCAACAUGCGGCCAGCAAGUGGAGAGACGGGCCUCUUGGAUGAGUCUGGAGGGAUCCUCUAUGCUGACAAGGCGCUCAGAGCCCUCCAGAAUGCAAUUCAACAGCUAGGAGGGAUAGUGCGUGAUGGAGAGAAGGUGCUGGAGAUCAAAUCAGGACAACCAGUCACAGUGACAACACCUUCUGGGAGCUACCAAGGCAAGAGCUUGAUCAUCACUGCAGGCCCUUGGACCAACAGGCUCCUCCGGCCCCUGGGAGCUGAGCUGCCUCUCCAGACACUGCGGAUCAAUGUAUGUUACUGGCGAGAGAAAGUUCCUGGGAGCUAUGGUGCAGCCUUUCCGUGCUUCCUGAGCCUGGAACGCAGCCUGGGUCCCCACCACGUGUAUGGGCUGCCCUCUCGAGAGUACCCAGGGAUGAUGAAGGUCUGCUAUCACCACGGCAACAAGGUGGAUCCAGAGGAGCGGGACUGCCCGGAGGGCCCCUCUGACAUCCCGGAUGUCCAGAUCCUGCGCGACUUUGUCAGCAAACACUUACCAGACCUUGAGUCGGAACCUGCCAUUGUAGAACGCUGCAUGUACACGAACACUCCUGAUGAGCAUUUUGUUCUUGACCGACACCCAAAGUACGACAACAUUAUCAUUGGUGCUGGAUUCUCUGGGCACGGAUUCAAGCUGUCCCCUGUGGUGGGGAAGAUCCUGUAUGAAUUAAGCAUGAAACUAACGCCUUCCUAUGACUUGACACCUUUUCGAAUCAGCCGCUUCCCUAGCCUGGGAAGAGCCAGCCUUUGAUCCUGGGCA